GGCGUUAUGGACCAUCCUAUCUGGAGACAAGUGGUCCAUUUUAGGUUUCUCGGUCGCCGCUCUCCUGAUCCAUUCAUUCAUCGUCUCUUUUGUGGCAACCCUAGAUCCCUAAAUUGCAUGCACUUUUUCAAUUCAAUCUCAAUCUCAAUCAACCCUAAGAUUCGUAAUUCAACUUUCUUAUCAUACAGUUGACUCAGCUGAUUUGCAGGUUUGUUGGUUGUGGUGAAAUGGUCUAUUCUGUGAUCCUUAUUAUACAUUUCACGAAAUGCAAUUAGCUUCAAACUCUGACAAGGAACAAUCUUCAGAGUCCCAACCCAUAUUGAAUCACUCCUCCUGUGAAAUUAUUCCUGACAAUAACUCUGAUGAUGAUGAUGACGAUGAUAUAGAGAAUGUUCGCGUUGAUCGUCUUCUAAUUACAGAUCAGCCGCAAUGCCGAAUAUGCCUUGAUUUUGAAGGAGAAGACUUAAUUGCCCCCUGCCAUUGCAAAGGUACACAAAAAUAUGUCCAUAGAUCAUGUUUGGAUAACUGGAGAUCUACCAAGGAGGGCUUUGCUUUUUCUCACUGUACAGAGUGCAGAGCUGUCUUCAUAUUACGAGCAAAUGUCCCAAAAGAUCGCUGGUGGUUGAGGUUGAAAUUUCAGUUCCUUGUUGCCAGAGAUCAUGCUUUCAUUUUCAUCACUGUCCAACUCGUUGUUGCUUUCUUGGGGGUGCUUAUUUACAAAUUCUAUGGGGAUGAACUUAGAGAAAUGUUUGGUUAUGAAGAACAUCCAUAUGGAUUUUAUACAAUGGCCGUUCUCGCCAUUAUUUUGGUGGGUUUGCUCUAUGGCUUCUUUAUAGCAAUAAUAUGUGGCCAACGAAUCAAUGAACGUCACUACCACGUUCUUGCCAAACAAGAAUUGACAAAGGAAUAUGUGGUAGAAGAUCGAGAACAUGUAAAGAAUGUGCCCGAACUCGACCCCAGCCAUGUCACAGAACUCAGGAUGCUGGGCCUUUACUAGCCGGUAUUCUUUCCCAUUUAAAUUUCCGGUGUUCCACUUUUAGAUGUUAAAUUAGAAAUAGUAUAAAGAGAACGGGAGACCAAUGAAAACUUUAGGCAAAACUUAAAAAGAUAUUUAGAAUUAAGCGGACUAUCUGUGAACUUGGUCUCUUACAAAAUAUUAUCAUUUCAUUUGAUCCAUGUAUCUUAAUCCACCAAGUAGAAAAAGAUUUGGUGGUUGUUGUUGUUGUUAAGUUUGAGACUAUCUCAACCUAUUAAUUAUUACUCUCCUUGUAUUUAUAGUGAUCAUAGAAAAUAAAAGUUUCAUGUUUUUUGCUUC